UUCACAUCGACAGACUGGGGAUAACAACCAGCAUUAGAAAGGGAGAAGUUGUUUUACAAAAUCCAGGACAUUUUUUUUACCAUCUCACCGGAGACGAUCGAGCCUUUUUUGGCGUAUGUUUCUUCUCCUCUCUUCAAACAAAAGGGGGCAAAGGAAGAAAAGGCACUAGCUUCUGAAAGUGCCGAUCUGUAUCGGAUCCCCCUGCCUCUGUUGAGGAGGAGGAUGCAGUGACUACAAGAGAGAAGUAGAAGAAGAGUGGAAAGUGCUCAAACUUCUCCGCUCGCCGGGUGUGAGCCUCACUUGUUUGCCGCCUGUUCAGCAGCUGUUUCAGGAUUGUGGUGUUCUCCUUCCAUGUGCUUCUGACUCUUCCCUGCAGAGAAACGCAAAGUUCACACGCGAGCUGCCUUUGUUGACAUUUUUUUUCUUCCUCCCACUCACACUUGCUUCAACCUUGGGAGGAUUUUUUUCCCCUCUGAAGGUCCUCCGUUGAUCUCCACCGGGUGAUUUUUUUUUUUAUUUUUUUUUUUAGAGAGACAAAUAUGGUCCUGAAGUUUGUUUCCCUGCUGCUGGCUGCGGAGUUGCACUUUGCUGCUGCCAAGACCGGAGCUCCAACAGCAACAACAGCAGCACCUGCUUAUGAUAAAACCCAGCCGCCUCCCGGAGCAGCAGCAGCAGCAGCAUCCCCUCGCGCUGGCAGCCAGCAGCUGCCCCGGACCAGCGGCCUGGUGCAGAACAUUGACCAGAUCUACUCCGGGGGCGGCAAGGUGGGCUACCUCCUCUACGCGGGGGGCAGCAGGUUCCUCUUGGAUCUGGAGAGGGACGAGCUGGUGGGUCCGCAGACCCCUGUGCAGCAUCCCCGCGGCUGGGCUCACUGCUAUUACCGGGGCACGGUGGACGGCAGCUCCCAGUCCCUGGCCGUAUUUAACCUUUGCGGGGGGCUGGAUGGCUACUUCGCGGUCAAACACGCCCGCUACACGGUGAAGCCCUUGCUCCGGGCCAAGGGGGCGGCCCCGCGACGGGUCUAUGGGCCCGGCUCCGCCCUGAUCCCGCACCUCUUCGUCAAGGACCAUUUCAGCUUCGAGACGGUGCCUUCGCGCCCCAGCUGCGAGACGCGUGGCUCCGGCCCGUUCCCGCCGCUGGAAGGCAAAGGCGGGCUGCGGGGGGGCCAGGAGCGCCCCGCCCAGCCCCAGUGGGCCCCCAGGGCAGCAAUAGCCCCGGGGCCCUUUGCCCCGCUCGGCGCCGGGCGCAGGAGCAGGCGCUCCAUCUCCAGAGCCCGCCAGGUGGAGCUGCUGCUGGUGGCUGAUGGCUCCAUGGCCAAGAAGUACGGCAAGGGCCUGCAGCACUACCUGCUGACCCUGGCCACCAUCGCCUCCCGGCUCUACGGGCACGCCAGCAUCGAGAACCACAUCCGGCUGGCCGUGGUGAAGGUGGUGGUGCUGGGCGACAAGGAGAAGGGGCUGGAGGUCAACAAGAAUGCAGCCACCACACUGAAGAACUUCUGCAAGUGGCAGCACCAGCACAAUCCGCUGGAGGACGAGCAUGAGGAGCAUUACGAUGCCGCCAUCCUCUUCACCCGGGAGGAUUUAUGUGGGCAUCAUUCAUGUGAUACUCUGGGAAUGGCAGACGUUGGGACUAUAUGCUCUCCUGAGCGCAGCUGUGCAGUGAUUGAAGAUGAUGGCCUCCAUGCAGCUUUUACAGUGGCUCACGAAAUUGGGCACCUGCUUGGGCUUUCCCAUGAUGACUCCAAAUUCUGUGAGGAGAACUUUGGCUCCAUGGAAGAUAAGCGCUUAAUGUCCUCCAUCCUGACUAGCAUUGAUGCUUCCAAACCAUGGUCAAAAUGCACUUCAGCAACCAUAACUGAAUUUUUGGAUGAUGGUCAUGGGAACUGUUUACUCGACCAACCACGAAAGCAGAUCUUGGGCCCUGAGGAGCUUCCAGGACAAACGUACGAUGCCAUUCGUCAGUGCAAACUGGCAUUUGGACCUGAGUACACAGUGUGUCCUGGCAUGGACGUAUGCUCUCGCCUGUGGUGUGCAGUUGUUCGCCAAGGUCAGAUGGUGUGUCUGACCAAGAAGCUACCUGCUGUGGAGGGGACACCAUGUGGGAAAGGAAGGAUCUGCCUCCAAGGAAAAUGUGUUGACAAAACUAAGAAGAAAUAUUAUUCGGCUUCAAACCACGGUAACUGGGGUUCUUGGGGUCCUUGGGGACAUUGCUCCCGUACGUGUGGUGGAGGGGUUCAGUUUGCCUAUCGUCACUGUAACAACCCAGCUCCUAGAAACAACGGGCGAUACUGCACUGGAAAGAGGGCCAUCUAUCGCUCCUGCAGUGUCGCAUCCUGCCCAGCAAAUGCUAAAGCCUUUCGACAAGAACAAUGUGAAGCAAGAAAUGGCUAUCAGUCUGAUGCAAAGGGUGUCAAAACGUUUGUUGAAUGGGUCCCUAAAUAUGCUGGAGUGCUUCCUGGAGACGUGUGCAAGCUCACCUGCCGAGCCAAAGGGACAGGUUACUAUGUCGUGUUUUCUCCAAAGGUGACUGACGGAACUGAAUGUAGGCCAUACAGUAAUUCAGUAUGUGUCCGGGGAAAGUGCAUUCGAACUGGUUGUGAUGGCAUCAUUGGUUCAAAGCUCCAAUAUGACAAGUGUGGAGUGUGUGGAGGAGACAAUUCCAGCUGCACAAAAGUCAUGGGAACCUUUAAUAAAAAGAGUAAAGGCUACACGGAUAUAGUGAAAAUACCCAUAGGGGCAACUCACAUCAAAGUCCGGCAGUUCAAGUGUAAAGACCAGAACAGAUUCACAGCUUAUCUGGCCCUAAAGAGGAAAAAUGGUGAGUAUCUUGUCAAUGGAAAAUAUGUGAUCUCCACUUCGGAAACAAUCAUUGACCUCAAUGGAACUGUCAUGAACUAUAGUGGCUGGAGUCACAAGGAUGAUUUCUUGCAUGCAAUGGGACAUUCUGCCACAAAGGAGAUUCUUAUAGUACAGAUUCUUGCCACUGACCCAACUAAAGCACUGGAUGUCCGUUACAGUUUCUUUGUGCCAAAGAAGCAAACGCAAAUGACUAACUAUGUCACGAUCAAUAGCAACAGUAAUAAAGUAACACCACAGCUCGCACAGCCACAGUGGGUGACUGGACCCUGGCUUUCUUGUUCUCGAACGUGCGACACAGGAUGGCAUACCAGGACUGUGCAGUGCCGAGAUGGGCAUGGAAAACUAGCUAAAGGAUGUCUUCUCUCUCAGAGACCAUCGGCAUUUAAGCAGUGCUUACUAAAAAAAUGUUAACCUGUGGUUAUGAUCUUCUUAAAAAGAGGUCUAAGUAAGCCAUUGUUGACAUACUAGUAUUAGGUCUACCUAGACAGACAAAGCCAAGGCUUCAAUAUACUUACACACAAUCUCAAAUUAUGGGCAGAAUCUGCCUAUUUGGACCAAAUGAAGAUGUGCACUGCUCUAAGUGUCAGUGGGGUGAUCUUAGUAUGUCGCAGAAACUAAACAUUAGAAUUGUUAUAAGCCCUCUGUGUCUGCAAAAAAGGAAGAGGAAAAAACAGUGAAUGGACAAUCAUGGGAUAUUUGAAGGUUACAGAAUCAUCUCCCCCUUUUCACCUACCUCUAAUACAGUAUGUGCUUAGACAACUUUGUCAUACGUACCCAUGAUACCACGGUAGCUUAUUUUAUACAGUUUAUAAAUAUCUUUGGUAUGUCACUUUAUAUCACUUGGUUCUACUCAUUAAAAAAAAAUAAUCUUUCUAUAAGCAAAAUGAUUGACCAAAGUAUGUCUGCAGCCAUUGUGGACCUCUUCCAUUAUUCAGAAAUGGCUGUGGAUGUUUUACUGGAAAACGAAGCGCUUGCUGUUGUUUUUAAGAGUUGUUACAAUUUUCUGACAACAGGAAAUGCAUUUCCAUUCUAGGAAUUUUCCUGACAGCAGAACUUAAUUGUAUAAUAAAUAAUGUUCUUCCUCCAAGAAAUUCUCACAGAGGGAGCAUCUCAGCAGCCAUGCAGGUGAACAAUAGCUGCUAGUCUUUAAAUAAAAUAAAGACAUAUAUUAUUUUGUAGAAGCAAGUUAUAGAACCAAAAAUUACAGUUCAGAUAACUCAGAUAUUUUGAAACGGUUCUCAGCUGCUUUCUCUGUUGUUUUCUCUAUGGCUUCCAUGUGAAAUCUAACAAUGUGUAAUGUACCUACAUCUACUGAAGAGACUAUAAAAGGUCAAAAAACACAGCAAGCAGUUAAUAGUAUUUGAUCAGUGUUUUGUCCACCAUAUCUAAUUCUGGUAUCCAUUUUAUCAGUAGAAGUUUGUUAAAAAAAAAUCAGUUUGUUUCACUGUGUUUUAAAAAGCUGUAGAAGUCAUUCACCUGUUGUAUGCCUUGCAUAUUUUGGAGGAUUAAGGGUCACCGGGAAGUUAAACCAGGUCAGGAUGUGGUGGAUAUAACCAAUCUCAGUAAGACUGUUUCCACAGAGUAGGUAGAAGCUCUUAAUGUUUUUCAGCAACUCUUUCCAGAUCACAUUGUGAUCUGACAGAUGAUCUGCCACUGCACAAGGCCAUUUCAUUGUAGGCAAGUAACAGAUAGUGGGCUGAUCCAAGGCCCAUUGAAGUCCUUUCUUUUGAUCCAAAGCCCCCAAAAGAAUAAACGUUGCCUAAAGUCUACAUAAACCUGCUGAUGCACUUAAUUGAACCUAGAUUAGACCAAAAUAGAUUCUGACUCAGACCUUAUCCACCAAUUUGUCCACAUGGUGUGAGUGUAUGUAAAUAGGUGUCUGUUUUUAAGUCAGGAGGGAAUCUGAGUUCCUUAGGCUCUUCAAAAAUCUCAGUCUUUGACAUCAUCAGUAAGUCAGUAAAGGAAACUGUUUGUUUGCAAAGCCCAAAAGGGAAAUUUCCCUUCAGGCUGGCACAAGCAUGUAUUUGAGACCCUGAACUCUAGAAAGCAGGUAGUCAUUUUCAAAUAGCAGAGAAUUACUACAGCAGUACACUUGGAACUUAGAGAAAUUAGAAUACAAUAUAUUAAUUAUACUAAUAGAAACGGGACAUGUUAAUUUGUGAUAAUUGAAUGUGUGGGUAUGUUACUAGAUAUGAGACCAACUGCUGUUGUCAAGAGUAGCGUGGCCUUAUUGCUAGAAAUGGUCAUGGACAAAAAAUAUUGAUUUUUUUUAGAAUUCCUACGCUGAAUUGAAUGAAAUGAAUAUAAACAGACACUGACCAUCCCCAAAUUUUGGACAGUUCAGAUCCAAACUUUCCAUCUCUGUUCAUUACAAAGAAAGACUAUGUCCACAGUGUCAGUGUCACUUCUAAAUUUCAUUACUUAUGAAAACAGAAUGUGCGAGCAGUCGUGUUUGAAUCAUAUUUCUCACAUGUUAAACAGUGAUGAGUAAACUUUAUUUGGAUAUUAUACAAAUUCCAGAAAAUGAAACUACAAUGUAUACUUUUCCAAUGUAUACUUUUCCUAGAGUUUUGUGUAACAAGUAGGUAUCAGAACAAACCAAACAGUGAAUAUUUCCCUUUCAUGGUCACCCAUCCUUUAACUAAAAUUAGUUUUUCUAACUCAUAUAGCACCUUACCAGGAUAGCCAAAUACAUAAAAUUGGGCAACUGAGUGUGGAGUAGGGGAAACUGGAUUGUCAGAUCUUCAGACUGAUGUUCAAGAGUUGAUUUCUUUGAAGUUGUAGAGAAAAUGUAAGGGAGUAGACAACAAUCUCACAAUAGGACUGAUUCAAAGCUCACGACCUUCAAUGGGCUUUGGUUCAGACUCUGAUUAGGAGUGAGCUUUGUCUUUGUGCAUGUGUGUGGAAUGUUCCCUGUCUCUCCCAACAGCUGCAUCAUGAGCAAGUGUCCCAAAGACACCUGAAAUCAGUGAAGUUACACCAGAGAUUAAUUUGGCCCUUACUGAGAAGCAGCCUUUCACAGUAAAAGGCAUGUGCUAGGGGAAACUUAUGAAGUAAAUGAGGACUGCUCAGGUGCAGGAGAGGGAGGACUAAAAGGAAGAGGAGCAACUUCCUUAGAAGUCUCCGGGCCAAAUCUUGUGGUGGUAUAACUAGUAGUUUAAGUUAGGCAUCAGGAGUAAGUUGGCCAGAACACAGGUGAAAGUAGUAAGAUAGUAUAAAUUGCAUCAAUUUAGCAUUCAGUGAAUAUGCAAAACAAGUGUAACUUACACACUGAAGGGGCCAAGAGUGGCAUAGCAAGAAAAGCUAACAGGAUGGUGAAAAGUAAGGUAAGUUUGCCUGCUUUAUUUUACACCCUCCUUUUAGCUGCUUUCUUCACAUGUCAGUUACAUUUGUUUUGUGCAUCUGCUGAUUGCAAUUUUGGUGCAAGUUACAUGACUUUAUCAUUCUGACUCAUGUUUUGACCCUAAGUAUUCAAUUAAUAUUUUACAUCACAGUUUAUAUCACUGCUGGGUUUUGCCCAAAGUGCUCCAGAAAAUGCUUCUAGCUAAUGAAAACCCAAUUCAAAAACUCCAAAUAAUGUUCUCUAUAUAGAAAUAAAACAUAGAAGGAAUCUCCUUUAGGGUCUCCAGUGCUAAAUUAACAGCUGAUGUAUUGGGAUUCAGCUCCAUUGUCUUCCAUUCAUAUCACUAUUACGUGGUAUGUCUUACACUAAAUAAGACAUCACAUUCUUAGAAUAAUUAUUUUCACUAUGACAAAGGUUAUCAUGUUUGAUCUGAGCUGAUCAAGAAAUUCAACUAAGUCACUUUCCUGUGGAAACAGUUUUAUCCCAUUGGGA